CUUCUGUCGCGCUGAGGUGGAUCUGCCUGCCUUUCUCCUUCUCCUCCUCCUCUCGGUUCCUCCCCCGAAGGUUGUCCCUCGGAUCCUGUUCCUGGGACUCCGCCAGGUACCUGCCUCGCUCAGCAGCCAGAUGUUGCAACCGCCACCCCGCUUCGGACUCUGUCGGCUGCAAUCUCAUCCGUCUCCAGACCAGACUGGAGCUGGCCUCCAGCAGCCGGGCAGAGGGGAGGAGGAGGAGGAGGAGGAAAAAGACCACGACGACGACGACCAGAACCGUCCCUUCAGGGAUGCGCUGCUGAGACUGAGCCAGCCCAGCGAUGGGGAUGCUGCUGCUGCCCGGAGACCGCGGCUUUUUCCCUAGGCUCUGGGCUGCGCUCCUCCGCAGAAUACGCGGAGAGAAAUCCUGGGCCAGAAAACUUGACGAAACCAACCUGUUGCAACAGAAAAGGAUCUGGGAAUCUCCCCUCCUCCUGGCUGCAAAAGAAAAUGAUGUCUCAGCCAUCCAGAAGCUGAUAGCGAGCCAUACCUGUGACCUUCAUGAACGAGGUGCUGUUGGGGAGACAGCUCUUCAUGUAGCUGCCUUAUACAAUAACUUAGAAGCUGCUCAGCUCUUGAUCAAUGCAGCUCCAGAACUUGUGAAUGAACCUGUGACUUCUGAGCUGUAUGCUGGGGAGACAGCUCUUCACAUAGCUGUGGUAAACAAAAACUUGGGCCUGGUUAAAGCUUUACUUGAGAAAGGAGCAGACGUGAAUGAACCUCGUGCUACUGGAUAUGUUUUCAGGAGAAGAAGUGACAGUCUUUUCUAUUUUGGGGAACACAUUUUGUCAUUUGCAGCAUGUUCUGGGAAUGAAGCCAUUGUCCAGUUGCUGAUUGAAAAUGGCGCUAAGAUUCGAGUUCAGGAUUCUCUAGGUAAUUCAGUCUUCCACAUCUUAAUCCUCCAGCCUAACAAGGCAUCCGCAUGUCAAAUAUACGAUCUUCUCCUUUGCUAUGACAAGAAAGGGAAGGGUCUGGGGGACCCGGAUGCAGUCCUCAAUUAUGAGGGAUUCACCCCAUUUAAGCUGGCUGGGGUAGAAGGCAACACUGUGCUGUUCAACCACCUAAUGCAAAGAAGAAAACAUGUCCUAUGGACUUUUGGGUCUUUGACGUCUACCUUGUAUGACCUUACGGAAAUUGAUUCAUGGGGAGAUGAUCAGUCUCUUCUGGAACUUAUUGUCACCACAAAAAAAAGAGAGGCCCGAAGAAUCCUCGACCUUACUCCUGUGAAUGAGCUGGUAAGCCUGAAGUGGAAUAAAUACGGACGGCCAUAUUUUUGUAUUCUGGCCUUAUUUUACGUCCUGUACAUGAUUUGCUUCACAAUGUGUUGUGUCUACCGACCCCUGAAAGACCGAAGCUUCAACAAAACAAAUGAAAGAGAUAACACAAUCUAUGUUCAGAAACUUUUGCAGGAGUCUUAUAUUACUUCUGAAGAUAAGCACAGACUUGUUGGUGAGUUGAUCACUGUUGUUGGAGCCAUUGUGAUAUUGAUAUUGGAGAUUCCAGAUACCUUCAGAUUUGGAAUUACCAAGUACUUUGGGCAAACUAUCCUUGGAGGACCUUUCCAUGCCAUCAUCAUUGUGUAUGCCUGCAUGAUUCUGCUGACCAUGGUGAUGCGCCUCACUAGCACCAAUGGAGAAGUUGUACCAAUGUCUCUGGCUCUGGUGCUUGGCUGGUGCAAUAUUAUGUACUUUGCACGAGGAUUUCAGAUGCUUGGGCCCUUUACCAUCAUGAUACAAAAAAUGAUAUUUGGAGACCUCCUCCGUUUCUGCUGGCUCAUGGCCGUGGUCAUCCUUGGGUUUGCAUCUGCAUUUUACAUCAUCUUCCAAACAGAGGACCCCGACGAACUGGGCCAUUUUUAUAGCUAUCCCAUGGCACUCUACAGCACAUUUCAGCUGUUUCUCACCAUCAUUGAUGGACCUGCCAACUAUGAGGUGGACUUGCCUUUUAUGUACGGCAUCACUUAUUCUGCUUUUGCUAUUAUUGCGGCCCUUCUUAUGCUCAACCUUCUUAUUGCCAUGAUGGGGGAUACUCACUGGCGUGUGGCCCAUGAACGGGAUGAACUUUGGAGAGCACAGGUUGUUUCCACUACCAUUAUGCUAGAGCGCAAACUCCCACAAUGUCUCUGGCCUCGCUUAGGCAUCUGUGGAAAGGAAUAUGGGCUAGGUAACCAGAGAUAUCUGAGGGUUGAAGAAUGUUAUGAAAAAAGGCAGAUGUCUGUUACAACAAAUGGGCCUUACCGAAGAGAUGCCUUUGAGAAGUACCUGCAGAGAAAACAGACCCAAGAUGUUGCAGCUGAUGGAAGAGAUGGUCGAGCAAUUUUGUCCAAAGAGCAGAAGGGCAUUGGUGCUCCUUCAAAUACAGCAAACACUAACAGUCAUUGGAACAUCUUACGGCGGAAUACGCUUGUCCACAAGCAGGGAUAUACCAAUCAUGCCAUGGAAGACGAGAAGGAGGAGGAGGUUUAUCAUGUGUGAAUGCAUAGGCCCAAGUACCUCUGUGGAAAGUAACAUAAACUGGGAUAAAGAAACCAACAUUUAACAAAGCAAUGUCUCCAUUCAAAAGUGUAUUUAACAGACUUAAAAGACAGCUUCAGCAUUUUCGUAACACUGCACGCAAUACUUCUGAGAAAGAUGUAUAGAAUAUACCUUCAUGCUGCUCAGGACAACUGGUCAAAAGAAUGAUGGUGUACAAUUGUUCCCACCAGAUGAAACUCACUCAUACUUAGAAACAGGACAGUGAAAUAUAAUGGUUAAAGAGCUAGAUUAGGACCAGGGAGUCCAACAAUCAAGACCAAUCUCAGCUAUGGGAUGAUGAUGUUAAGUUAGUCUCUCUGCUCUCUGUCAAUCUACCUCAUAGGGUUGCUGUUGUGGGGAUAAAAUCAAGGGAGAUCCUCACAUAGGUUAACUUGAGUUCUUGGAAGAAAGGUGAGCUAAAUGUAGCACAUAAUAUUAUAUAUAGAAGUCAAACACUAAUAAAGAUGAAUGCCAAUGUGGAUGUUCAGUGUUAAAUAUUUGCAUUCCACGGGAUAAGUAAACUCUACUUAAAGGCUCCAAAGGUAUGGCUGUGAAUUUAAAACUGGGAAAUUGAUCCGAGAGGUAUAAGGUACAUUUUAACAUAUACUAGACCUCAUUGUUUCAGAGAUAUUUCCUUACCUAAAAAGGAUGAAAAAACAUUAGGAAUAGGAGUGCCUUCCAAUUUCCUCCUACAUCUUUGUGGCUGACUGCCCUCUGGCAGUUGAUGUUGGGACUCUUCUAUACAGCCUCUGGAGGGCUAGCAUGGUACUGGUCUACCUGAUCUCCAGGGGCCAAAGAUGAGGCCAGUCUACCCAGCCUCCAGAGGGCUAGGGUAGGACCAGUCUACUAAACCUCUGGGCAGUGGUGUGGCAGCAAUGAAAUGACCAUUCAUGAAACGAAUCAUGGUUCUUGGACUUUGGACACAUUCUGCAAGUUAGCCCUUUUGAGGUAACUUGGUUCAAAAAUUGUUGUUCUAUGAGGCACUGUUUUGCCCGAUUAAAGGACAUAGACAUAAGAGUUUCAUGGUAUAUAGUAGAUUCAUAUGGAAACUUUUGAAUAGAAUUUUAGUAGACAAUCAAGAAGAUUGCUAGAUGUGUGUGUUUUGUAUUAUGUAUAGCAAAACUUACAUUGUAAUUGAACAAAUGGGGCAGGUAGUGUCUGUUAUUCACAACAAUACAAUAAAUAUGCCACUGCAGGGAGUCUUCAACUUAUGAGCCUGGAAUUGCGUUUGUAAGUCAUGUCACAUGACCUUUACCUGAUUUUACAACCUUUUUUGAAAUGGUCAUUAAUAUAACAUGGUCAUUAAAUGAAUGCAGUGUUCAAAUUAAGCAAAUCUCUUGUCCCUAGUGGGUGGUUUGUUUGUUUGUUUGGCCGAAAAGAGAAGUAAACACUGGUUUCCAGCAAAAA